AUGGUGGACUGUAUCCAUCUGCUGGAGGAACUCGGGGUGUGGGAAGGUGUUCUCCACGUCUCCGGUCCAGAGCGGCAGUCAUGGCCCUUGGGGUUUCCAGGGCCACAAUCCCACGGUACAAUUACUGCGAACUUCUCCCUGAAGGAGCUGAGAAACCACAGUGAGUGGAAUCCCCGUAGGGACAGCAGCCGGCAGCUCGGGCCCACCACAACCCCGAAAAAGAACAGGAUUAUUACACUCUGCCAAGCUCCCAGCGCCGGCCAGCGAACCAAUCCUAUUCCCUCGGGCGCUCGGUUAAACGCAAUCAUCUCCCACAGCGCAACCCCGGCCCCCACCGCCACUCCCAGCAGCGCAUCCCCGGUCCCCACCGGCACUCCCAGCAGCGCAUCCCCGGUCCCCACCGCCACUCCCAGCAGCGCAUCCCCGGUCUCCUCCGCCACUCCCAGCAGCGCAUCCCCGGUCUCCUCCGCCACUCCCAGCAGCGCAUCCGCGGCCCCCACCGCCACUCCCAGCAGUGCAUCCCCGGUCUCCUCCGCCACUCCCAGCAGCGCAUCCCCGGCCCCCACCGCCACUCCCAGCAGCGCAUCCCCGGUCCCCACCACCACUCCCAGCAGCGCAUCCCCGGCCUCCUCCACCACUCCCAGCAGCGCAUCCCCGGCCUCCUCCACCACUCCCAGCAGCGCAUCCCCGGCCUCCUCCACCACUCCCAACUGCGCAUCCCCGGUCCCCACCACCACUCCCAGCAGCGCAUCCCCGGCCUCCACCGCCACUCCCAGCAGCGCAUCCCCGGCCCCCACCGCCACUCCCAGCAGCGCCGCCACUCCCAGCAGUGCAUCCCCGGUCUCCUCCGCCACUCCCAGCAGCGCAUCCCCGGCCCCCACCUCCACUCCCAGCAGCGCAUCCCCGGCCCCCACCGCCACUCCCAGCAGUGCAACCCCGGUCUCCUCCGCCACUCCCAGCAGCGCAUCCCCGGCCCCCACCGCCACUCCCAGCAGCGCCGCCACUCCCAGCAGCGCAUCCCCGGCCUCCACCGCCACUCCCAGCAGUGCAUCCCCGGUCUCCUCCGCCACUCCCAGCAGCGCAUCCCCGGCCCCCACCGCCACUCCCAGCAGCGCAUCCCCGGCCCCCACCGCCACUCCCAGCAGCGCAUCCCCGGCCCCCACCGCCACUCCCAGCAGUGCAUCCACGGUCCCCACCGCCACUCCCAGCAGCGCAUCCCCGGCCUCCACCGCCACUCCCAGCAGUGCAUCCCCGGUCUCCUCCGCCACUCCCAGCAGCGCAUCCCCGGUCUCCUCCGCCACUCCCAGCAGCGCAUCCCCGGUCCCCACCGCCACUCCCAGCAGCGCCGCCACUCCCAGCAGUGCAUCCCCGGUCUCCUCCGCCACUCCCAGCAGCGCAUCCCCGGUCCCCACCGCCACUCCCAGCAGCGCAUCCCCGGCCCCCACCGCCACUCCCAGCAGUGCAUCCCCGGUCCCCACCGCCACUCCCAGCAGCGCAUCCCCGGCCUCCACCGCCACUCCCAGCAGUGCAUCCCCGGUCUCCUCCGCCACUCCCAGCAGCGCAUCCCCGGUCUCCUCCGCCACUCCCAGCAGCGCAUCCCCGGUCCCCACCGCCACUCCCAGCAGCGCAUCCCCGGUCCCCACCGGCACUCCCAGCAGCGCAUCCCCGGCCUCCUCCGCCACUCCCAGCAGCGCAUCCACGGUCCCCACCGCCACUCCCAGCAGCGCAUCCCCGGCCCCCACCCCGGUCUCCUCCGCCACUCCCAGCAGCGCAUCCCCGGUCUCCUCCGCCACUCCCAGCAGCGCAUCCCCGGUCCCCACCGCCACUCCCAGCAGCGCAUCCCCGGUCCCCACCGGCACUCCCAGCAGCGCAUCCCCGGCCUCCUCCGCCACUCCCAGCAGCGCAUCCCUGACCCCCACCGCCUCUCCCAGCAGCGCAUCCCCGGUCCCCACCGCCACUCCCAGCAGCGCAUCCCCGGUCUCCUCCGCCACUCCCAGCAGCGCAUCCCCGGUACCCACCGCCAUUCCCAGCAGCGCAACCCCGGCCCCCACCGCCACUCCCAGCAGCGCAUCCCCGCAGUGCAUCCCCGGCCCCCACCGCCACUCCCAGCAGCGCAUCCCCGGCCUCCUCCGCCACUCCCAGCAUCGCAUCCCCGGUCUCCUCCGCCACUCCCAACUGCGCAUCCCCGGCCUCCUCCGCCACUCCCAGCACAGCGCAUCCCCGGUCCCCACCGCCAUUCCCAGCAGCGCAUCCCCGGUCCCCACCGCCACACCCAGCAGCGCAUCCCCGGCCUCCACCGCCACUCCCAGCAGCGCAUCCCCGGCCCCCACCGCCACUCCCAGCAGCGCAUCCCCGGCCCCCACCGCCACUCCCAGCAGCGCAUCCCCGGCCUCCACCGCCACUCCCAGCAGCGCAUCCCCGGUCCCCACCGCCACUCCCAGCAGCGCAUCCCCGGUCCCCACCGCCACUCCCAGCAGCGCAUCCCCGGCCCCCACCGCCACUCCCAGCAGCGCAUCCCCGGCCUCCACCGCCACUCCCAGCAGCGCAACCCCGGCCCCCACCGCCACUCCCAGCAGCGCUCCCAGCAGCGCAUCCCCGGCCUCCACCGCCACUCCCAGCAGCGCAUCCCCGGCCCCCACCGCCACUCCCAGCAGCGCAUCCCCGGCCCCCACCGCCACUCCCAGCAGCGCAUCCCCGGCCUCCACCGCCACUCCCAGCAGCGCAUCCCCGGUCCCCACCGCCACUCCCAGCAGCGCAUCCCCGGUCCCCACCGCCACUCCCAGCAGCGCAUCCCCGGUCUCCUCCGCCACUCCCAGCAGCGCAUCCCCGGUCCCCACCGCCACUCCCAGCAGCGCAUCCCCGGUCCCCACCGGCACUCCCAGCAGCGCAUCCCCGGCCUCCUCCACCACCCACGCAUCCCCGGCCCCCACCGCCACUCCCAGCAGUGCAUCCCCGGUCUCCUCCGCCACUCCCAGCAGCGCAUCCCCGGUCCCCACCGCCACUCCCAGCAGCGCAUCCCCGGUCCCCACCGGCACUCCCAGCAGCGCAUCCCCGGCCUCCUCCGCCACUCCCAGCAGCGCAUCCCCGGUCCUCACCACCACUCCCAGCAGCGCAUCCCUGACCCCCACCGCCUCUCCCAGCAGCGCAUCCCCGGUCCCCACCGCCACUCCCAGCAGCGCAUCCCCGGCCCCCACCGCCACUCCCAGCAGCGCAUCCCCGGUCUCCUCCGCCACUCCCAGCAGCGCAUCCCCGGUCCCCACCGCCAUUCCCAGCAGCGCAACCCCGGCCCCCACCGCCACUCCCAGCAGCGCAUCCCCGGUCCCCACCGCCACUCCCAACUGCGCAUCCCCGGCCUCCUCCGCCACUCCCAGCAGCGCAUCCCCGGUCCCCACCGCCACUCCCAGCAGCGCAUCCCGGCCCCCACCCGCAUCCCCGGCCUCCUCCGCCACUCCCAGCAGCGCAUCCCCGGUCCUCACCGCCACUCCCAGCAGCGCAUCCCUGACCCCCACCGCCUCUCCCAGCAGCGCAUCCCCGGUCCCCACCGCCACUCCCAGCAGCGCAUCCCCGGUCCCCACCGGCACUCCCAGCAGCGCAUCCCCGGCCUCCUCCACCACCCAGCACAGCGCAUCCCCGGUCUCCUCCGCCACUCCCAGCAGCGCAUCCCCGGUCCCCACCGCCAUUCCCAGCAGCGCAUCCCCGGUCCCCACCGCCACUCCCAGCAGCGCAUCCCCGGCCUCCACCGCCACUCCCAGCAGCGCAUCCCCGGCCCCCACCGCCACUCCCAGCAGCGCAUCCCCGGCCCCCACCGCCACUCCCAGCAGCGCAUCCCCGGCCUCCACCGCCACUCCCAGCAGCGCAUCCCCGGUCCCCACCGCCACUCCCAGCAGCGCAUCCCCGGCCCCCACCGCCACUCCCAGCAGCGCAUCCCCGGUCCCCACCGCCACUCCCAGCAGCGCAUCCCCGGUCCCCACCGCCACUCCCAGCAGCGCAUCCGCGGCCCCCACCGCCACUCCCAGCAGUGCAUCCCCGGCCUCCACCGCCACUCCCAGCAGCGCAUCCCCGACCCCCACCGCCACUCCCAGCAGCGCAUCCCCGGUCCCCACCGCCACUCCCAGCAGCGCAUCCCCGGCCCCCACCGCCACUCCCAGCAGCGCAUCCCCGGCCCCCACCGCCACUCCCAGCAGCGCAUCCCCGGUCCCCACCGCCACUCCCAGCAGCGCAUCCCCGGCCUCCACCGCCACUCCCAGCAGCGCAUCCCCGGUCCCCACCGCCACUCCCAGCAGCGCAUCCCCGGUCCCCACCGCCACUCCCAGCAGCGCAUCCCCGGCCCCCACCGCCACUCCCAGCAGUGUAUCCCCGGUCCCCACCGCCACUCCCAGCAGCGCAUCCCCGGCCUCCACCGCCACUCCCAGCAGCGCAUCCCCGGUCCCCACCGCCACUCCCAGCAGCGCAUCCCCGGCCCCCACCGCCACUCCCAGCAGCGCAUCCCCGGCCCCCACCGCCACUCCCAGCAGUGCAUCCCCGGUCUCCUCCGCCACUCCCAGCAGCGCAUCCCCGGUCCUCACCACCACUCCCAGCAGCGCAUCCCUGACCCCCACCGCCUCUCCCAGCAGCGCAUCCCCGGUCCCCACCGCCACUCCCAGCAGUGCAUCCCCGGUCUCUCGUCAGCCGCCAGCACACCCCAACGUUGCUCUCAUUAGACACAGGAGACGGCUGACGCUGGAAUCUGGACUAACACGCAGUCUGCUGGAGCAACUCGGGGGUUCGAGCAGCAUCAGUGGGAAGAAAAGAGCUGUCAACGUUUCAAGUCGAGACUCUGCAUCAAAUUUCACCCCCUCGGAUGCUGCCUGA